AUGAAUCAACAACAACAAUCCGGAUAUACACCUAAUUCAUUGGGUCUCUCAACUAAUCCUGCUGUUCUGCAGCAGCAAGCACAACCGCAACAAUUUGCUAACAAUUUUAGCACACAUCAGGCGACACAGCGUCCAAUGAACAUGGCGAUUCCUCAGCAGUCACAGUCGACAAUUGAACGCAACUACGGAGCCGUUAAUAACCGUAACAUCCAACAAAUAAGGAGUUUGAGUGGGGAGAGCGGAGCUAAUCUCACCAACCAAUAUCUUUUCCAAAAUCGUCAGUCAUUACCUGUGACGUCCGCUACUCCAAUGCCCUCAAUCCCAGCCAUGAAUAAUCCCGUAUAUAGCAAUAAUAUGAAUACAAACAUGUUGGGUUUUCCAUCUCAGAAUAAUAUCAGCAACCAAACUGGAGAUUUGUCCACGAAAAGACCCCAUUCAUCAUCCAGCGGGAAGACAUAUGAACCUGCACCGGAUCUUACACCAGUUCAAAAAAAGUAUCUCGAACAAUAUGUACGUCGUGAUUCACUUUAUCAGCGAUCGUUGGAUUGUCAAUCCAAAAGACAAAUUAGCAUAAUCAAUGAGAAACGUAAAGAAGUAGAAAGAUAUCAAUCUCGUCCUGGGAUAUUGGCAUUUGGUACGGGUUCUCGUCAACAAUUGAAAGAUGUCGCAGAGAAAGAGGAUAAUUUAGUUCCAAUCCGAUUAGAGAUCGAUGGAGCUGAUGGCUAUAAAUUGCGAGAUACAUUUACCUGGAAUGUGAAUGAAACAUACAUUACGCCCGAACAUUUUGCAGAAGUCCUAUGCGAUGAUCUGCGUUUUCCAGCUUCGACAUUCGCCCCUCUAAUUGUAAAGCAAAUACGUGACCAGCUGCAAGGAUAUAUCCUUCAUCCACUAUCUUCUACGAAACCGCCAACGUCCGCUUUAACCGCUGACGUAUUUUCAGAACUGAAAGUUACAUCAUUGGAUAAUUAUAUUGAAAAUGACAAUGAGCUCACUUCAUCGUAUGAUGAAGUGAAUAUGAACGAGAUUAACCCACAUGAGGAACUGCGCAUCUUAAUAAAGAUCGAUGUGACCGUUGGAAAUAUUUCAUUGGUGGAUCAAUUUGAAUGGGAUAUUAAUUGCCAGAAAAAUGACCCAGAAUUGUUUGCAGAGAUUCUAACAGCUGAGUUGGGUCUGGGAGGAGAAUUUAAAACUGCAAUAGCACAUUCAAUUCGCGAACAAAUACAAAUAUAUGUUAAGUCAUUGAUCUUGGUUGGUCAUCCAUUUGAUGGAUCACCUGUACAAGACGACGAUCUUCGGCAAAGUUUUUUGCCACCGGUAACAAAUAUUAUUCGGAGAGAGGAUUCUGUGGAUCAGCAUACACCACUAUUAGUCGAGUUGACCGAGACCGAAAUAGACAAGAUUGAAAAGGAUAGAGAAAGAGACGCUAGGUUUAAAUCUUUAUUUAUUGUUUCUGAUAUUUUAAUUCUGCUAUGUUCUAUACAAUAUGUUAUGAUGACGCAAAAGAAGACAAACGCGUGGAAGACGUGGUGUAAUCUUACCAGAUCGGGAACCGCCGAAAACUCAUCGUACCCUUCUUCACAAUACUACUGUAAUCCCGGACCCGGCGGAUGA